GUUCUGUUAAAAUGUCUUAGGUCUGAGGUCCUGUCCCUCUCACGCUGACUGGUUACUCAAAGGAUGAGGAGAGCACUCCAAACUACAAAAAAGCUUCGACAAAGUCUCUCUAGGCACCUGCAUUUGGCUUAACCUUUGGCGAAUUCCUCCCUUCCAAAACGUAGUCUGCAGUAUGAGGAGGGUGGUCGCGGAGUUAUCGUCUAAGUAAUCUCUUGGGUGCAAAGGUGAAGUGAUACCAGACCAUACCACUUUUUUCCACUUGCCUCCACAAACAUUUACUGAACACCCAUUAUGUGUUAGUUUCUGGGACAUAAUUUGAAAGACAGGAUCUCACAUCCUGGAAUUCACAGAACAAUGACGACAUGCACAAUUUGGACAAAUGCUGGUGAUUCUCUGUGGGAUCUCCGGUAGAUGAGCUCGUCACUCCAGAACCAUAGCAGUUCCAAGGCUGUUCUGUGCCACUUGCUGAUAAUAAAAACUUGCCUCUUUCAAAAUUACAUUCAGCCAUGGAUGCUAGUGAUGACCCUGAUGAAGAUCAUCUGACAAGUUAUGAUGUUCAGCUCAGUAUUCAAGAAUCCAUUGAAGCCAGCAAGACUGUGUUUUAUCAUGAAAGAUUUGUACCACUAAGUGAUCAAAAGAGAAAGCUUGUGGAAGCCAUAAAGCAAGGUCACAUUCUUGAGCUCCAGGAGUAUGUGAAAUAUAAAUAUGCAUUGGAUGAAGCUGAUGAAAAAGGAUGGUUUCCAUUACAUGAAGCCGUCGUUCAACCCGUUCAACAAAUACUUGAAGUUGUCCUGGAUGCAUCCUAUAAGACGCUCUGGGAGUUCAAGACCUCUGAUGGAGAAACGCCCUUGACUUUGGCGGUCAAAGCUGGUCUGGUGGAAAAUGUAAGAACUUUACUAGAGAAAGGAGUGUGGCCAAACACCAAAAAUGACAAAGGAGAGACGCCUCUUCUGAUUGCGGUAAAAGAGGGCUCCUAUGACAUGGUGUCUGCUCUGCUUAAACACAACACCAGCCUUGACCAACCCUGUGUCAAGCGAUGGUCAGCAAUGCACGAGGCAGCCAAACAAGGCCGAAAAGAUAUCAUAGCUCUGCUACUAAGCCACGGAGGCAACGUCCACCUGAGAGACGGCUUUGGGGUCACGCCGUUAGGUGUCGCAGCCGAGUGCGGCCAUUGUGAUGUAUUGGAACACCUCAUCCACAAAGGGGGUGAUGUGCUUGCUUUGGCGGAUGACGGGGCAUCGGUGUUGUUCGAGGCAGCAGGAGGGGGCAAUCCUGACUGCAUCUCCCUCCUGCUGGAAUAUGGAGGAAGCGGAAACGUACCGAACAGAGCUGGGCAUCUUCCUAUACAUCGAGCUGCCUACGAGGGACAUUAUCUUGCACUGAAAUAUCUUAUUCCAGUAACAUCCAAAAAUGCAAUCCAGAAAAGUGGCCUAACCCCAAUUCACUCAGCAGCAGAUGGACAGAAUGCACAGUGCCUAGAACUGCUUAUUGAGAACGGUUUUGAUGUCAAUACCCUGCUGGCUGACCACAUUUCUGAGAGCUAUGAUGACCAACGGAAGACCGCCCUGUAUUUUGCUGUUUCUAAUAAUGAUAUCCACUGCACGGAAAUCCUUCUGGCUGCAGGUGCAGACCCAAACCUAGAUCCCCUCAACUGUCUCCUUGUGGCAGUGAGGGCCAAUAAUCAUGAAAUUGUCCGGCUGCUUCUCUCCCACGGAGCUAAUGUCAAUUGUUAUUUUAUGCAUGUGAAUGACACUCGGUUCCCCAGUGCCAUUCAGUAUGCCCUAAAUGACGAGAUAAUGCUCAGGCUGUUGCUGAAUAAUGGCUACCAAGUGGAGAUGUGCUUUGACUGCAUGCACGGGGACAUCUUUGGAAAUUCCUUUGUGUGGUCGGAGAUAGAGGAAGAGGUGCUUCCGGGAUGGACAUCUUGUGUUAUAAAAGAUAACCCGUUCUGUGAGUUUAUUACAGUUCCUUGGAUGAAACAUUUGGUAGGCAGUGUUAUUCGUGUAUUAACAGACUACAUGGAUUAUAUCCCUCUGUGUGCUAAACUGAAAUCUGCGCUAGAAGUACAGAGAGAAUGGCCAGAAAUCCGUCAAAUACUAGAGAAUCCUUGCUCAUUAAAGCAUUUAUGUCGGUUAAAAAUUCGAAGACUUAUGGGGCUCCAGAGACUCUGCCAGCCAGCCUCAAUGGAGAAGCUCUCUCUACCACCAACUAUUCAAAGAUACAUAUUAUUUAAAGAGUAUGAUCUCUAUGGACAAGAGCUAAAUUUGCCAUAAUUUGAAGUAGUAUUUUAAAAUGUGAUUCUAAAAAUAUGUUUAAAUGGGAUUCCUUUAGAGAAUUUCUUGGAAUCAUUUUGCAAUACUUAAACGAAUUUAAAUUCAUUGACAAUGUUAUAACUGGAUCCCGUGUUUUUACGGAAACACCGUAUUUUACAUCUUUAAAGACCUUUACAUUGUGAUUUUUUAAGCUAGUUAGUAUUUUGUAUUUCAUUUCUAUUGAUUAUCUUCACUUGCAGCAAGUCUUCAAACUCUCCCUAGCAAGUGGCUCCUAUAGUAUCACAAGCAAGUCUCUCCUAUGUUUAUAAAACAAAGAACCACUUUCUCAGACCCACAUCUCCAGCCAGUUGCUGGCCCAUUCUCUCUUUUCUUUCAUAGCUACACUGCAUGAAAGAGUUCUUUCCCGUCUGCAGAUUCACACGUUGUGAUAUGGCUUCUGCUCUCUCCACUGCCCUUUGCAAGGGCCUUAACAAAUUGCUUGUUACUAAUGUCAGCGAGCAUCCUUCUGUCCUUCCAGCUGACUCCUGCAGCAGCUGACAUUGCUGCCUGCUUCCUCCAGAAAAUGUUUCUCCCUUGGCUUUCCUGACACCUCGUUCUGUCCGCUGUCUUCCUACCUCCCUGACUGCUGUGUUUCUGACUUCUUUUUGCAUUGCUCAUCGCCUGCCAAAUCUUUAAUAAUAUGCCUUAAAUCCUCUCUUUUUAUGCUACAUUCUCCAGGAAAUUUUAUCCAUGUCCGUGGUUUCAAUCGCUGUCUACAUACUGUUGACUGUCAAGUUUAUAUCUGAAGUUCAGCUCUUUCUCUCAUGUGCUUGAGACCUGUAUAGACAAUUUGCAUAAAGGACAUUUGAAUACAACUCGCCUCAAAUUCAUCUUGUCCCCAAAUGAACUCCCUCUCUUCCUCCACAGAAAAGCUCCUUCUCUUUCCAUCUCAAGCUCAAUAGUUAACCCAGUUAUGAAUUCACUUUCCCAAGUCAAAAGCCUGGAUUUCAGCCUUGAUUGCCCCAUUUUCCUUACCCAGUAUAACAAAUCACCAAAUCCAAGGAAAUUUAUUCCAUGAAGUUAUCUUCUACUCAGUCUCACUGAUUCAGCCCAAAUACCACCUGUUCUCUCCUUUCUUCCUGGGAUGCUGAGGUGCCACCUGACUGGUUCUCCUCCCUUCUGGCUUGCCUCAUCCAACACACAGUCUACAUAUAACAUCCCAGAAUGAUCUUUCACACUUGUAAGCAAGUUUCGCUCCCCCGCUUAAAAUCAUUCCCAUGGCUCUUAGGAUAAAGUGCAAAGUUCUUCUGUGGCCCUUUAUGCUCUAGCUCCCUGCCUUCCUCCUUAGCCUUCAACCCUCCCUUUAACAAUAUUAAACAGCUUUAGAAGUUUGUUCUUUGAACCAGUGAUUCCCAGACUUUUUGAUUAUGUGCAUCAGUAGUUUUUGAUUUACUAAUUUUAAAAAUAGGGUCAUCUAUUAUAUAUAUCAGAUAUACAUAAUAUAAUAUAUAUCAUAGAUAGAUAUAUAAUACAUCUACUGUUACUAUUCCUCCAUAAAAGAGGGGCCAUUUUAAUGCCAGAAAACAGGGCUGCCUGAAACUCAGUUAUUAAAAUUGUAUGACUUGAGUUUUGAAAAAACUUACCAAACUGAGUUCGUUUCCCUAUGGACAGGUGAAAAUUUCAUUCUGGUCCAGCACGUCUCUGAGGUCUUUUGUUUGGGAGCCACUAUUACAGAAGAGACCGUGCCCUCUAGUACCUCGGGGUCUUUGUAUGUUCUUCGUCUGCUUGGAAUCCUUUUUCCAUGACCUUCCCCGUAUCCUCCAGGUCUCAGCUCAGAAGUUCCUUCCUCUGGGUUGGGGGCCCUGGGAGAGCACUUGGUAUGCUGUGUUAGAAGUGCCCAUCUUCCCAUCUGUCUGCCCUGUGAGACUGUAAGUUCUAUGAGGGCAGGGCCUAUGUCUGAUUUGUUUUGCAGUAUUUUCUUAGGGCCAAACACAUUCCCUAGAGCCUAGAGAGAGUUCCAAAAUUAUUUGUUGAAUGUAUUGAACAAGUGAAUGUUCUAUAAGACCCAGAAAAAAAGUCAUCAGUGACCUGAUGGUAAAAUGAUAGUUUUGAGUCUCUGAAUUGGUUAUACAGCCUUAAUAAUGCUAAUUACUUAGACUCAUUUUUCUUAUUUUUAUCUUAAGAGCCAUUGUUUUCUCUCAAUAGUAAUACCUUACUGGUUUCUGAACUUUUCCAAAUUGCGUUUAGUGUUAGUUAUCUUUGAACAAUAACCAAGUAUGAAAAAAACCUUAUAAUUCAAGCUGUUGCUUUAACCCUUUGUACUCCCUAAAGAAUAUAUUUUUAUGUAGAUUAAACUAUAUGUUUUUAAUUAGAACUAUAAUGUUUCGUGUAUGGGAUUUUGUGAUUCCUCUGUUGCUCUCCUACUUACAACUAAAAUGCAUUGUUACCUAUAACUAUUACAGUAAAUAAAAAAAUAUAAUGAUA